GGAUGAUCGUGCAACAUAUGGUGUUGUCCGUCAGCAUCAACGGCGUUAGCACGGGCCACCGUCGUCGUUGCUUGCACGCUAGCAUCAUGGAUGAAUGCUUCAUCGACGAAACAGCAUCAACAUCGGACGUAGCGAUCAGAACGCGAUCAUCGCUCUUGGGCCACCAUGGACGCACACAAUGUAGCCGUUCAAGUGAUCGAGAACAAAGUCCAGAAGUUUCAUGAUCUACAAAAACCAUUCCGCAAUUUCCAUGGCUCCACCAACAGCACUCGUCCGUCUCAACGGACUCCCGACAAGUCCGUUGACACCAGCGGCCUCAAGAACGUCCUCCAAAUCGACGAGAAAGCCAUGACGGCGAUCGUCGAGCCUAACGUUCCCAUGGAUGCGCUCCUCCUGGCGACCUUGGAGCACAACCUCCUUCCACUCGUCGUCAUGGAAUUUCCUGGGAUCACCGUCGGCGGAGGUUUCUCCGGGACUUCGGGCGAGAGUAGUUCUUUCCGUCAUGGAUUCUUUGACAGUACCGUCAAUUGGAUCGAGAUCGUGCUCGCGAAAGGGGAGACUGUCCGUGCCAGCCGGACCCAUUUGCCAGAUUUGUUCUGGGGCGCUGCUUCGUCUUUUGGAACCCUCGGAGUCAUCACUUUGCUGGAGAUUCAACUUCGACCCGCGGCGAAGUAUGUUCAGCUCACCUGCUCUUCCUUCGAUAAUAUGGACGCGGCGAUGGCGGAGAUGGGCAAGGAAACCAUCAAUUCUGCGGUCGACUACCUCGAUGGCAUUGUCUAUUCGCAUAAUGAAAUCGUCAUCUGCUCAGGAAAGCUUUGCGACCAUAUCCCGCCCAAGGCUGUGGUGACGCAGUACACCCGCCGCCAUGAUCCAUGGUUCUACAUCCACGUCCAGAGGCAAACUUCCAAAUCGCGACAACCGAUCGUCUUGUUCAUUCCCAUCUUCGACUACCUCUUCCGCUACGAUCGCGGCGCAUUCUGGGUCGGAAAAUAUGCUUUCCAAUACUUCCUCACCCCUUUCAAUCGAAUCACUCGCUACAUCCUAGACCGCUUCAUGCAUACCCGCGUCAUGUACCAUGCCCUCCACGCCAGCGGCCAAUCCAAAAUCUACAUCAUCCAAGACGUCGCCAUCCCCUACAACGGCGCAUCGGACUUCCUCAACUGGCUCGAGACCAACCUCACGAUCUACCCUCUCUGGCUCUGUCCCCUACGACAAAGACGCGAUGCACCAGAUUCCCAACACGGCCUCUACGGCUAUCUCGGCAACCCGUCCACCCCGGAAUUCAUGAUGAACUUCGGCGUCUGGGGUCCUGGCUCCAGUGACAAACGUCGCUUUCUCGCGCAGAACCGCUCCCUCGAGCAAAAAGUCGACGCCCUCGGAGGUCGCAAAUGGCUCUAUGCCCAUGCUUACUACACCGAAGAUGAGUUCUGGUCCAUCUAUGACCGCAAGGCGUAUGAUGCCCUCCGCCAAAAGUAUGGCGCCCAAUAUCUCCCGAAUGUCUACGACAAGGUCAAAGUCGACCUUGACGCCGACGCGCAACGUGCCACGACGUGGCUCGCUUGGCUGAUUCUACUGUUUUGGAGUACUUGGCCUUUCAGUGGCUUGUAUGGUGUUCUCAAGGCCUGGCAGGGGGGUGAGUAUCUACUCGCGAAGGAGCCUCCCGCGAAAUUGAAGAAUUGAGCUGCGUACACGGUGUCAUUCUGUUUAUUGCUCAUGCCUGCGCAUUCUGACGACCGGUCUCAUGCUCCCACAACGCUCUGAAUGCCCCAUCUAUUUU